GUGAGGAACUAUUUGUAUAUUUACUAAUUUCUUAUUUUGCGUUGCGAGACUGCGAGUAUUUAAUUUCGAUUUUCACUAAUUAUAAAAUAAGUUAGUGAUGAAUGAAAGUGAAUCGUAUUAUGUGGAGAAUGUUCUUUACAAUGAGCAAGACAUACCUCCUGAAUCAAUAUGCUCCAACAAAGAUCAUAAAAUUGUAAAUUCAACCGUAGCUAAUAAUGCAGAAAAGUCCAGUGCAGUCUGGACAAGCAGCGCUACCCAAACAUUAUUAAAACUGUAUGAAAAUAAACUGGGUCUACUGGAAACACCUAAAAAGAAAAAAAGAAUAUGGCUAGCUAUUGCUGAAAGUCUAAAAUAUUACAGUAUUGAGAUGACAGCUGAUCAAGUCAGAUGGAAGAUAAAUGCAUUGACAAAAAAAUACAAACAGUGUUUGGAUACUGGACAGCACAGAAAAUUUAAAUAUUUUAAAGAAAUGGAAGAUAUUUAUACAAAAUAUAAUGUAGAUUGUGACCAAUUUGCUAUAAGUGAAUGCUCUAAAAGAAGAAGAUGUCACAAACAAUUAAGUGUGAAUGAUUUUAACCUGCCAUUACAGAUUCAAAAUGAAAGUAGAGCUAUGAUUGAAUUGCGUAAAACAAGACUGGCUAACAGGAUUGAAUCUGAGAGAACUCAAAGUAAAUUAAUUUUGGAAAAACAAUGGCUUGAAUAUCUAAAAAGGCAAGAACACAACAGACUGUUGAAAGAUGAUUUAUAUAAUGAGGUUUUAAAAUUAAGGGAAAAAGAGUUGGAGUUGCAGAGGCAUGAGUUACAAAUAAAGCAGUCUAUAGAGUUGCAAAUGUUAGAAUUAAAAGAAAGAGAACAAGGUAACUUAUUAAAGAUUGAAAAGGAAAAAUGUGAAAUGCUAAAACAGUUUUUUGAUAGUAAAGAUAUUGUGUAAUAAAUUGUAAUUAUCUGAAGGUUAAUCUUAAAUCCUCAGAAUAUAGAGUGUUUUUCUGUAUGCUGAGGUUAAAUUAAAAUCAUAUAAUACUAUGAUUAUAUACCUACUUAGUGAAACAA